AUGGACGAAAUACAUUCUGAAAAGAAGAGCUCUCCAAGCCCCGAAUACCAGGGCGAUGAAGGAACCGGGAAGGUCAUUGCCCUCGAUGACCACGAAGUUGAGCAGUUCUAUGGCUCUUCUACUACGCAGUCAUACCGGCUCAAGUCGGAAUUGGUAGGAAAAUGCAUGGAAGAGAUUGGUAUGGGAAAGUUCCAAUGGAAACUUUUUGUUGUCACCGGAUUUGGCUGGAUUGUGGACAAUUUCGCAUCACAAGGCAUCGGCAGCGUGCAGCCUCCCAUCGAGCAAGAAUUCUCCGAUAUCACCAAAAUCAGCUAUAGCUCUGUUGCGUAUUACGUCGGUCUUAUUAUUGGCGCCUCAUUCUGGGGUCUCUCUAGCGACUUGAUCGGUCGUAAGCCUGCAUUCAACUGCACUCUCCUCAUCGCAGGUAUAUUCCUCUGUGCGACGGCUGGAGCUACGAACUUCAUCGCAUUCAGUGCUUUCUGGGCUGUUAUCGGUACUGCAGCUGGAGGAAAUGUACCCGUUGAUUCGAUGAUUUUCUUGGAGUUUGUCCCUGGAAGUCAUCAAUACCUCCUCACUGCCCUUUCUGCAUGGUGGAAUCUGGGUCAAUUGAUUGUCUCUCUACUUGCAUGGGUGUUUUUGGCCAACUUCAGCUGUCCGACAGAUGCCACUCCGGCAACUUGCUCUCGUAGCGAAAACAUGGGAUGGAGAUACACGAUGAUUACGCUCGGAGCUCUUUCCCUUGCUUUCACCUUUAUCCGCAUGUUCCUCUUCAAGCUGCCCGAGACCCCAAGAUUCCUACUAUCUCAAGGCCGAGACCAGGAUGCUGUCGACGCCGUGAACUACGUCGCAAAACAGAACGGCAAACCCGAGAUACUGACCAUAGGCAUGCUUCGCGAGAUCGAUGCUCAACUAGGUCUAAUAGUCAACGAAGAGGAAGCCCCCACAAAGCUUUCCGUCAAAGAAAUCGUGUCAGAAAACAUGGACGCAUUCAAAGGCAAACACUAUCGCGCUCUAUUCGCAACACGGAAGCUCGCUCGGCAGACCAUCAUCAUCUGGGCCGUGUGGCUAACAGUUGGCAUUGCCUAUCCACUUUACUUCAACUUCCUCCCGUCGUAUCUAGCUACCAAGUUCACUUCAAGUUCCUCUCUUAACCUCACAUACCGCAACUAUUGCAUCGAAUCGGCCGUUGGAGUCGUCGGUCCCCUCUCUGCUGCCGUAUCGGUGAAUACACGCCUAGGUCGACGAUGGAUGAUGGGUAUAUCGGCAGUAGUCACGGCCGUAUUCCUAUUUGCCUAUGUGGGCGUCAGCAGUCCAACCUCCAGCUUGGCGUUCUCUUGUAUCACCGGCCUUCUAGCCAAUUUUGAGUAUGCGAUCAUGUACGCAUUUACCCCCGAGUCAUUCCCCGCUCCUCAUCGUGGAACUGCAGUAGGCACUGCAGCUGCGUUGUUGAGGUUUGGAGGACUUGUGGCUAGUUUGAUCUCGUCACAGACCGGGUUCACCAGUGCUCCUAUCUAUGCUAGUGCGGCACUGUGGGUGCUUGUUGGAGUUUACUGUAUCGGUAUACCGUAUGAGACACAUGGGCAUGAUGCCCUGUAG